AUGAGUGAAGACUGUGAGAUUGUGAGACAGGAGCUUAACAAUUUGCCACCGAAAAACGCUACGGGGCUUGCACACGAGUUUCAGGGAAGUAAGCAAAGCACUGAUCAGCUCAAUACCAAAAAAAUCGAUCCUUUGUUGAUUUCCAGGUUACGGGAUCCAUCUUGUUCUCUUAAUAUCAUUUUGACCAAAAACAAAUUGCUAGGCACUGCUUCUGAUGAAAGACUUGCGGAACUGUAUGAUGUUGCCAAAGAGCUUUUUGAGCUAAGUUACCACAGAAUUCAAGAGAAACACUACCUUGCGUAUCUCGGGGGAGGUUUUAGAGACCAGGACGAGUCAGAGACGGAUAUCGACAUUGUUCGAUGUUUCUACAUGAGCAUGUUCACAUGGAAUCCAGACUUAUUGGACUCUUUACGAGUCUUGUGCCGUAAACUAUUUUUCAAAGGUGAGUCGCAAUUCAUUGACAAGAUACUUGACUCUUUUGCUGAUAGUUGGUUUUACAAUGCAAGCAGCGUGAAGCCGAAAAAAUUAUACGGGAACUCGAAUGGAGUGUACUUGACUGCCUAUUCCUUAGUCCUGUCGAACACUGAUCUCCAUACCGAGGAAAUUGCAAAAACAAAGAAGAUCAGCCGCUCUAAGUUCGUCAAAAACACCUUCGAAGCAUUACAACAAAACCAAAUUCCGAUUGAAGAUAUUGAUGGGUUGCGCUAUGAGCUCAAGAAGUUCUACGAAAGAAUUUCAGAGCGGAAGUUAAGUUUAUUUGAACCUUCAAAUUCGCACUCCAGAACCGACUCCAUUGCUUCCCAUGAUACAGAAUUCACAAUUUUCCAAAAUAGAUCGUCACAAAGUGAUCAGACUUCUGUCUAUAUUUCUGAUACAGAUAAAACUACUCCAGCAAGCUCAGAGAAUGCUACAAAGUCAUUUGGUUUUGCAAAAGUGAUUAUGAUGGAGAACAAUUUGAAGAAUAAGACCAGUGACAACAAGAAGCUUUCGUUUGGCUCCAACUCGCAACACUUGGAUGAAAACUUUGAGCCUCUGAAAGAUGAGCAAACACUGGGGUCUGGUCCGAGAGGCAAUUAUAAUAUGGAGAACGACGACCUACAAUUAGAGCUCGUAGGGCCACCUUGGACUAAGGAAGGUAUCCAAAGUGUUAUUCUACCAGAGAAACUUCUAAAUAGCUAUACUGGAAUGCUUUCUUUGUCGGCAUUCAAGCCCGCUUGGAAAAGCCUUUUUGUCGUCAUUUUUGAAGGGGAGCUGAAGUUUUUUAGAUUUGAUCAGUCUGGUUCAAAUGCUGGGAACUUCGGUGAUGGUCAAUGGUGGAAGUUUGCAACCUGUGUGAACACAAUCAACCUCUGCUCUUGUUUUGCUCAAGUUGUUGACAGAAAGUCCCGUGUUUAUACGUCGAUGAUCAAACGGCAUGGAAAUGCUCGCAGAAGAACUGGGCUUGAAACUUACUGGAACUUGAAUAUACCUGUACCAGAUAUAGUUACGAGUGCUGAUCACUGCCAUGGUUACUACAGUGCUUAUUUCUGCGCUGGGACCCCGGAGACUGCUCAGGAGUUUGUUGAUACAUGCAAUUUUUGGGCAGCAAGGUCGACUUCUAUCCCUCCAGCAGAAACUCUGUCGUCCUUAGAUUUUGGUUGGUCCGAGAAGACAUUGUCAGUUUUAAGGGCAAACAACAUACGUGAAAGCGAGGAGCACCUUUCUAGAUUCAAGAUUGCAAGCUGGAUACCCAUCACUAAUGGUCUUGUGCCAACCAACCUUGAAAUGUCGGAACAACUUGCAAAAGUUGAGACUCACUAUAAGGAAUUACGUUUGGCUUUAAAACAGCAAAAAGAAAUGGAAAGACUGAUUCCGCAGCUAGACUCGUUGACUGCAAAAAACGUGGGGACGAUCAGUAUACUGUCUAAAGUUUUCCACGGGUCAGAUAAGGUAGACAAGCAUUUGGUGACGAGAAAUGUAAGUGUGAUGAGAGCUAAUUAUGUGAACAAACGCAAUUACCUUGAUAACGAGCUUCUCAGAUUCAAAUGCUAUACAGAUAUUCUCGAGAAGGCCAUCACAUUACGACACAAAAUGUUUAAUGACCAAAUUGUAUAA